GCUUCACAACAUCCAGGCAUGAUUAUUUUUCCCAGAGAGCUGGGAAUGAAUAUAAAUAUAUAUAUAUGUAUGUGUGUGUGUGUGUGUGUGUGUAAUGUGUAGUCUUAGAAGUGUUUUGGUGCGGUUCACCCGGCAAAGUGUUCGGCAAGGUAAUUUGCGUAAUAAAUACCGAAUGACUUUCAUAUAAAGCCGUAAAUAUCAGCAAGCGUAGAUUUUCCAAGAUGUCUGAAACUUUGAACAAAGUAGAAGAGAUUGACAUUGAUUCAGAUGGUGUUUUCAAGUAUAUUUUAAUUGAAGUCAAGGAGAAGGGAAAAAAUGAUAACGUGAAGAAGAUUGUCAGAGGAUAUGCACGCUGUCAUUGGCAUGCCGACAUUUUCGACGAAACCGAGGCUGUCCUGAAGAAGAUCAGCCCCAACCUGAAAGCCAAUUGCGUCGGCGGUGGCAGGAUCCAGCACGACGCAGCCGACAAGAAGCUCAAAGUCUACGGAUACUCGCAGGGUUUCGGCAAAGCUGAUCACGAGGUCAGCGUGAGCAUCCUCAAGAAGAAAUACUCGGAUUACGAUAUCACCUGGUCAGACGAGGGAUACUAGGAACUGCCGGUGCCAAGGCUUUUUAUACCUCGAAACUUCAUUAUUUCUUACCUAUCUUAAUUUGAUUUACACUUUAUCACUGAAGCCAACAUCCAAUAAAAAUGCGCGACGAUUAAUCGUAA